AUGAAGUGGAUUGUCUGGCUUUUGCUCAUCUCAAUUGCGAACGCUUCUCUAAAUGAGAACACAAUAGAUGAGCCCAAUACGUGGAUACUGAACAACAUUCUGGGCAAUGGAAACGAGAAUUCCAAUGCAUGCACAAACUUUUCCGAAUACGCAUGUGAUAAAAACGCCGAACGCCACAAAGGUGAACUCUUUAGCGGAGUUUUCCAGGAGAUAAGCCACAAGGUUAACCAUUACCUUAUCGAUGAGGUAAAACAGCUGUGGAUGAACUCGUCCAUUUGUAGUGUUUUUGACCACCAGUCCAUCGAAGCAAAGCUAAUAAGACUCUUCCACAGCUGCCUCAAAGCUUCGCUAAAAACGCGAAAGAUAGGGCAUUUUUUGAGACUGGCGCCUCCAGGCGAGGGACUCACUUGGCCCCUUUUGACGACCAAUGGGCCUGAACUUAAGUGGAUGAACACCCUGGCAUAUCUGUAUAGCCAAUACGGUUUCACCAAUGUUUUAGUCGACGUGCAGCUCAGAAAGAAUUAUGGAAACAAGCUAAUUAACCCCAAUAUGGAUAAGCUGUUUGAUUAUGGGGCAGCACUAAGAAUUCUUUAUGACUUGAAAAUAGUAGCGAGACUGCCUCUAGUGCAAAACUUCAAAAAGCUGGAGUCGUAUAUUCAGACUCUAGCCAAAUUUCACGACAAUGGAAAAUUGGAAGGGAAAAUUGAAUGA